CAACAGGAAGCGACAAUCCUGAGAAGUGAGCAGCAGCAGCAGCAGCGCUGGAGAAGGAGGAAUAAUCUCAAGUGAAGGCCUGAGUCUUACUGUUGAACUCUUAUCUCCACAUUAGAAAAAACAACUGCCAAGACCUGAACCCCGGUGUGGACCCGAGAGCCGCCACUCGUGAAGCGUUUGUCUGUGGGAGCUGAGUUAUACGUGGCACAGUAAAGAGCAUGACCUGCUCAUCUGAGAGCUGAAGUAGCUCAUACCUUCUACACUCAGAGGAAACAGGCGAGUCUGUUUGAAGGUGACGAUGGCCCAAGCCACGGGUAUCCAGUACGAGCGUGUGGCCGAGAUCGGAGGAGGUGCUUACGGGACAGUUUACAAGGCCCGAGACAUGGAGAGUGGGCAGUUUGUUGCUCUGAAAAGUGUACGUGUGCAGACGGACCAAAAUGGCCUGCCCAUCUCCACAGUCAGAGAGGUGGCUCUGCUGAGGAGGCUGGAGCAGUUUGACCACCCGAACGUUGUCAGACUGAUGGAUGUAUGUGCCACAAAGAGAUCAGACCAAGAGACUAAAGUCACUCUGGUUUUUGAGCAUGUGGAUCAAGACCUCAAGACCUAUCUCGAGAGAGCGCCAGCUCCUGGAUUGUCUCCUGACUGCAUUAAAGACCUGAUGAGGCAGUUGCUGUGUGGUCUUGCAUUUCUUCAUUCUAACCGUGUGAUGCACAGAGACCUAAAACCAGAGAAUAUACUGGUAACCAGUCAGGGCCAGGUGAAGCUGGCUGACUUUGGACUCGCCCGGAUCUACAGCUGCCACAUGGCUCUCACUCCUGUGGUGGUGACACUUUGGUACCGCCCUCCGGAGGUUCUGCUACAGUCCAGUUAUGCCACACCUGUAGAUAUCUGGAGCACCGGCUGCAUCUUUGCCGAGAUGUUCCGACGCAAACCGUUGUUUUGUGGAGAUUCAGAAGUGGACCAACUUGGGAAAAUCUUUGAAGUUAUUGGCUUGCCACCUGAGGACGAGUGGCCCACCGAUGUUACGCUAUCACGAAAAAACUUCCCCCCUGUCACGCCUCGACCACUUACUGAAUUUGUUUCUGAGAUAAAUGAGCAGGGGGCUCAACUAUUGAUGAGCAUGCUCACCUUUGACUCCUUCAAAAGGAUAUCUGCCCUGAAUGCACUAGAACAUCCAUAUUUCCAGGAUGAGGAGACACUGACUCUGACAAAAAGAUGAAGUCACACGGUGAAGCGGUGCAGAGAGGAGGUAACGGUGUCCCACGUUUAGACCUGUACGGCCUAAACAUCAAGGAUUUCAAUUUCAUGCCUUUUAAGAUUCACAUCUAGGUUAUGCUUUGAGAUCUUAUUUUUGUUACCUCUGCUUCAAGAAAAAGAAAAAGAAAAAGGAUUCAAGCCUGAGAAAAUGGGAUAAAAACAGAAGAGGAGUGAACUUAAAGAAUCACGACUUGUUUUCCAACGUGUAAAUGUCGCAGUUAAUGAUGUUAACAUGUCAUGUCCUCAAGGACAUUACCAGUGUUUUUGAUGUUUGGUUUCUGUGUCGGUCUCGUCAGCAGGGACUCGUGAGCACAUUUGUCUGCCGCCUCUUCUCAAAUGUCGCCCGUGUUACUUUUGUACAGUGUUGCACAGACGGAAGCCGAGAUGUUGACUUUUCUUGUUACAGGCUGAACUGAAAGUCAUCAGAAAGACACGCAGACUUUUGUUGAUUCACUGUGUUCCUGCCAGAAAUGAAACCGCCUGAAUAUUAUUAUCCAUAACUGUAUUUAAAUCAGGAAGAAAGGCAAGAAAUGGUAAUGUAGCAGAUCAGAAAUGCACACGACAGACACGUGUGGGACAGAAAUACUGGUAUUGCUCUUAAAUACUGUGAUAGCGUGAAAAGUAGUUUUUGGUAUGGGACGUCUGAAAGGAUGGGUCUUGUUUUUAUGUUUUAACAUUUUUAUUUUGUUGCUCAAAUUAACCAGCUCUGUAACUAUGGUUAUGUUUUAAUCACAUUCAGACUUAAUUUGUGUAGUAUUAUGCAAAUGAAUAAAUGUGAUUUGAUGGAAAAUGAA